AUGGGGAGAAGUACGGUUGGAACGUUGCUGCUUUGGCUCUUCUUUGUACUGAGUAUGAGACCAGAUUUCAGAGCCAAAGCAAAAAAAGAACCACCUUCAGAAAUUGAAAUCGAGGCCAAAUUAAAGCUCCUCAACAAGCCUGCGUUGAAAACUAUUAAGAGUGAAGAUGGAGAUAUUAUUGACUGCGUUGAUAUUUACAAACAACCUGCAUUUGAUCAUCCUGCCUUAAAAAAUCAUACUAUCAAGAUGAUACCAGAUUUUUUUAGAGAAUCCCAAAAUUCAAGCUCAAAAAAUGGUUCCCAGUCAAAGACAUUUAUACUUCAGACAUGGCAGAAGAGUGGAAGUUGUCCAAAAGGAACUGUCCCUAUUCGCAGAAUUCUAAAGGAGGACUUACUUAGAGCUGCUUCUCUCGACCGCUUCGGACGGAAACCCCCAGCAGUAUUUAAGAAUUCAACAAAUAGCUACAACCUUAAUUUCCCCAACUUCAAUGCCACCAAUAAAUUUAUUCCUGAAAAUCGAUCGGCAGCAUAUCUUGUGACAAUGGGAUACAAUUAUAUAGGUGCAGAAGCAGAUAUUAACACUUGGACUCCAAAGGUGGACCUGCCAGAUGAUUUCACCACUGCUCAAAUUUGGCUCAAGGCCAACAAUGGUCCUGUAUUUGAAAGCGUUGAAGCAGGCUGGACGGUGAAUCCCAAGUUAUACGGUGACAUGGCCACUCGAUUGUUUGCCUACUGGACUAGGGAUUCAUACGAGUCAAUAGGAUGCUUUGAUCUUACUUGCCCAGGGUUUGUGCAAGUACAACGAGUCUUAACGCUUGGUACUGCCAUAACAGCUAUCUCCUCCAAAUUUGGCAGACAGUUUGACUUAAAUGUUGGAAUGUUCUGGGAUGAUGCAGGGAAUUGGUGGCUUAGAGUAAACAAGGACAUGCCGAUAGGUUAUUGGCCCGCGGAAAUAUUGGGCAAUUUAAAACACAGUGCCAUAUUGGUUGAAUGGGGUGGACAAGUAUUUAGUACAAAGUUAAAGAAGGAAACCCCUCACACGGGAACUGGGAUGGGAAGUGGUGAUUUCGCAAAUGGUCUAAUGGGGGAAGCAUGCUACAUGAACAAUGUGAGGAUAAAGGAUUAUUCGCUUUCUCUUAAGUACCCUGAAUUUGUGAGUGCAAUGGCUGAUGAACCCUAUUGCUACAACUCCCUCAAUGAUGUUAAAUAUGGAGUGGAGCCUACAUUUUAUUUUGGAGGGCCAGGACGAAGGCCUCCCUAUUGUCCUUGA